AUGGAUAUGGUGAUGAAUUUGGGAGCAGCAAGCCCAGUGGUGAUCUUCACUAAGAGUAGUUGUUGCAUUUCUCAUAGCAUCGAAACCCUAAUCCGUAGUUUUGGAGCAAACCCUACAAUAUACGAGCUCGAUAGACAUUCAAAUGGGAUGAAAUUGGAGAAGGCACUGAUGGAACUAGGGUGUCAGCCAAGUGUGCCUGCAAUUUUUAUAGGGAAUGAGUUAGUUGGUGGUGCAAAUGAGAUUAUGAGCCUUAAUGUGAGGGGCAAGCUUAAACAAUUGCUCAUAAGAGCUACUGCCAUUUGGGGGAAUGUCUUCCAAUUUGCAAAAGGCAUAUUAUUGAAGUACAUGGGAAUGUGCGAGACGCUAGGACUCGAACUUGUGAACCAAUAA